UCAGACGGAGCAGAGCACACUUUAACAUGUAUCCUGACAGUUCAUCAAAAUACUGUCUGUUUCCCCUUACACAGGCUUUUACCAGCGAUCAAAUCAUGCCAUAAAAUUCUCAUUUGGGAUACUUAUCGACUGCGAAAAAAUCAAGCCUUACAGUGAACCAUCUGCUGACAUCGACUGCAACAGGUACUGCUCUGUGCAGGGUAUGUUUUGGCCAGUUGCCAGUCUGUGCUGAAACGAGGGUUCAAAAGUCCUCAGCUGACUCACCAUUGGCAGUCCGAGGAGACGUUGUGGCUAACUGCCUCUCUUGCAAGUACAGUCUACAAUACUGUGUAGUGAGACCAGCUUUAUGAGCGUUCCUGUAGAGCAUGGUGCUAGCAAUGUCGAGGUCAAUCCAGGGAAUGCAUCAACAGUAUUGAUGACUGGGGAAUUCAACAUGACAUGCAUCAACAGUUCCCUGUUGAUGAUGCUACAACACUGAACUCGUCCGCCUUCACCAUGUCCGAGUAUCCAGAGGGAGAAAGCCCUCUGCUUCAGCUACAGGAAGUGGACUCCAGCAGGGUGGGAGGUCACGUCCUCUCACCUAUCUUUAACUCCUCCUCUCCAUCCCUGCCAGCGGAGAGCCAUCCCAUCUGUAUCCCAUCACCCUACACAGACCUCAGCCAUGACUUCACCACUCUGCCCUUCUACAGUCCCGCUCUGCUGGGUUACGGCACAUCGCCUCUGUCCGACUGCUCAUCAGUGCGGCAGUCGCUAAGCCCUACCCUCUUUUGGCCACCUCAUAGCCAAGUUUCAUCACUUGCAUUACAUCAACAACAGACUCGAUUACAACAAAACCAUCCAACUGGUGGGACUUGGGCGGAACUUACACCAUAUGAUCACGGCGAAGAGGAAUACAGAAAACCACUGGUGAAGAGGGUAGCAGAUUCAGAAGAGACUUCUACCUCUUCGAGAGGCAAAGCUGACAUGCACUACUGUGCCGUUUGUAGUGAUUAUGCCUCUGGGUACCAUUAUGGUGUGUGGUCGUGUGAAGGAUGCAAAGCCUUCUUCAAGAGGAGUAUACAAGGACACAAUGACUACAUCUGCCCUGCCACCAACCAGUGCACCAUCGACAAGAACCGCCGCAAAAGCUGCCAGGCCUGCCGACUCCGGAAGUGUUAUGAAGUUGGAAUGAUGAAAUGUGGGUUACGGCGAGAUCGUGGCAGCUACCAACAAAGAGGAGCACAACAGAAGCGAAUGGCACGAUUCUCUGGCAGGAUGAGAACAAGUGGCCCGAAAUCUCAAGAGAUGAAAAGUGUCCCACGUCCCCUCAGUGGAAAUGAGGUGGUUACCAUGGCGUUGAGCCCUGAGCAACUAAUCGCUCGCAUCAUGGAUGCAGAGCCACCUGAGAUUUACCUCAUGAAAGAUGUGAAGAAGCCAUUUACUGAGGCCAACGUCAUGAUGUCACUGACCAACCUGGCUGACAAAGAGCUCGUUCACAUGAUCAGCUGGGCCAAGAAGAUCCCAGGUUUUGUGGAGCUCAGUCUUUUUGACCAGGUCCAUUUGUUAGAGUGCUGCUGGUUAGAGGUGCUGAUGUUGGGACUAAUGUGGCGUUCUGUUAAUCACCCUGGAAAGCUCAUUUUCUCUCCAGACCUCAGUCUCAGCAGAGACGAAGGCAGCUGUGUGCAGGGGUUUGUGGAAAUCUUUGAUAUGCUGCUGGCAGCCACGUCCAGAUUCAGAGAACUCAAAUUACAGAGAGAGGAGUAUGUGUGUCUCAAAGCCAUGAUCCUCCUCAACUCCAACAUGUGUCUGAGUUCGUCUGAGGGAGGAGAGGAACUGCAGAGCCGGUCGAAGCUGCUGUGUCUGCUGGACUCGGUGACGGAUGCUCUGGUAUGGGCCAUCUCGAAGACAGGCUUGAGCUUUCAGCAGCGCUCCACCAGGCUAGCCCAUCUGCUCAUGCUGCUCUCCCACAUAAGGCACCUCAGUAACAAAGGCAUGGACCACCUCCACUGCAUGAAGAUGAAGAAGAUGGUUCCUCUGUAUGACCUGCUUCUGGAGAUGCUGGACGCUCAUAUCAUGCACAGCUCACGUCUGUCUCACUCCAGUCCACGAGAGAGCAAAGGCGUCCAGGAGGCCUUCAUCUGCACUUCUCAGCAUGGACCCUAAACUCUGUCUGUGCUGAACGAUGGACAACAAAAACAGCCACACAAAAAACGUGGAAUAGGAUUUCACAAGUUGAAAAACAUCAUGGAUGACUUGAAUGUUUUUCCUGUGAAUUUUUUUCUUUUUUUCCACAGACACGAUGGACAUGGUGUACAGUUUCUACUUUCUCAUUUCUCUUUCUAUACAGUAAGCUUGCUAUUGUCACUUUCUGUAAAAUAAAACAAAUCAGCAUCACGAUGAUGUCUAUAGCAACUGCUGUAGAUAGAGCGGCUAUUGACGACCUUGUCAGAAAAAAACAGAUCAGAUUCCAUCAUUUGCAAAAUGACAGUAUGAGAGAUUUGUCUGCAGUGUGAACAAAGACUCAAUUCUGGUCUGAAACUUUAGAAGACCUGAAUUAAGCCUCUUUUUUUUUCUGCCAGAGCAAGAGGACUCAUGAAUGGAUGUUUCUUUGCAUCUGUUAUUUUUGACAAAUGUGACCAAAGCAAAAAGUGUUUG